GAAAGGUAGGGGAGUUCGCGACUUGUUGGAGCUUCUUCAGGCUCGGAACCCCGGCCUCAUCGGUCCGUAUGACAGGAGCCCUGCCACCAGCCGAGCCGCACGAAAGCAGCGAGAGCAGGGCAGGGAGUAGCGAGGCGACAACCGCAACAUCAAUGCCAAGAGCCAAGCACGCUGCCUCGCCUAGCCGCAGACGCAGAUGCAAGCCAAAUUUGUGGCUAAAGGUGGCAGAUUCGCAAUGUUUGUCAAAUGUUGUGAGAUUCCGCGACAUUCUCACUCACAAACGCCAAGUCAAAAAAGAAUCGAAAAUCCACUUUAACUGUCGAACGAGCUGACGACCAGCCGGAGAGACGCGCUUGUCGGUCAUGGCCCAUCAGGAUUAGCUGUCGUCUGUCUGUUUGGUCGUGGAGCUCCUGGGCGUGAGGCCACUUGGCUGCCAUUGCACAUUUCGAUCACUGCGGCGGAAAACGUUCAGCCAGCAGCUCAGACAAGCAGACACUUGCUUCGCAACGCACAAGGCUAGCAGCACUGCCGCAUACUUUCACCACCACUACAUCUUCCUCAGUUCAGUAACUUCAGUCGCCGCUACAAUGCCCUACGAGAGCUUCAUGCCGCAGCAGCAGGUGGAGAUCACCGAGGUCGUGCAGGACACGACCACCAACGCGUGGAUGUACGUGCUGCACGUACAGCGCGGCAACACUAGCACGCACUCGUCGCCGCGAGGACCCGUGGAGGAGGGUUUCAGCCACGAGUACGUCAUCAGUCGGCGCUUCAGCGAGUUCAAACAGCUCCACUCGGCGCUGGUUCCGGUCAUGGGUGACGCAUUGACGCCACUGCCGGCCGACGGUCUCAUGACGCUCAUUAUGGCGGACAACCAGGCAUUGCUGGACGAACGUCGUCAGGUUCUGGCCCAGAUUGUCAUGGACAUUCUGAACCACCCGGUGGCGCGCGACUUGCCGGACGUGCUGGAAUUCCUGGGCCACGAGUCGAUCAGCGCCAAGGUGAUGGCUCCACUGUCGGGUCAGUGCACGGGCUCGAUCCGCAAGACGUCUUGCCCCGCGUGGACGGCGCCGUGCCGGGCGUCCGUCAUGUCGUCGUAAGACCACCACAACUCGGGCAACUUUUGACACGCGAGUGAGCCACGCGAGUGAGCAAACAAGCAGCCGCCAUCGCAGCGACUAGCACGUUCGCGCACACGUAGGAUAGUAUUUAACCACGAAUGUAGAUUAGCAGUAGUAGAUAAGCAAGCAUCAAUGAAUAAAAGUCAACCAAAUUGCUUCGACAAGUUGAGAUCUACUGUCAAGGCUUUACAGAG